GUUGCACAGGGGCGGUGAUUGUGUUCGUGACGUCACCGCGUACAGUUUAGCACGAACGUACUUUCAGAAAGAAAGAAUACCGCAAGAGACAGGCGAAAGAGAAAGAUUAGAAACAGAUCAAGAGAUUCAAACGGACGCAAUAAGUGACCUUAAUCAGGUAUUUGAACUCCAGUGCAAGAGCAACUACAGGGGUUUGAAAAUGAACGUGUUUGAUCGCAACAUAAAUUUUGAUGCCCUGUUUAAAUUUUCCCAGAUAUCCCAUUCCACCCGGCAGCACCUGAAGAAUGUGUAUUCGAGUUUCGCCGUGUGCAUGUUCGUUGCUGCUGCUGGGUCCUACGUGCAUGUGGUCACACGCCUAUUCCAGGGGGGGCUCCUGUCGAUGCUGGGCUCCUUGGGAAUGAUGGCGUGGUUGGCCAUGACACCACACAGCCCGCAGACAGAGAAGAAGAGGUUGGGAAUGCUGGCAGGAUUUGCCUUCUUCACAGGCGUUGGUUUGGGGCCUGCCCUGGACUUCGUCAUUGCUGUUAAUCCCAGCAUUAUCGUGACGGCAUUCCUGGGCACCUCUGUCAUAUUCCUGUGCUUCACGCUGAGUGCCCUCUACGCCCAACGCAGGAGCUACCUCUUCCUGGGAGGUAUACUAACAUCCGGCCUGACCAUUAUGCUCCUGGUGUCGAUUGUAAACAUGUUUAUUGGAUCGGUGAUGGUUUUCAAGGCUCACAUGUACCUUGGCCUUGCCAUAAUCUCCGGGUUCGUGCUCUUCGACACCCAGCUCAUCAUCGAGAAGGCGGAGAUGGGAGAUAAGGACUACAUCUGGCAUUGUGUGGACCUCUUCCUGGACUUUGUGACCAUCUUCAGAAAACUCAUGGUUCUGCUCGCCAUGAACGAGAAGGACAAGAAGAAGGAGAAGAAGUAGGCGGCUGACAGAACUUUGAGAAAACGACGCCAUUCUGAACGACCCGGAAUAGCACACGGAAUGCUUCUGGUGCAUUCUCCACCUCCUCUUAAUUACCCUUUUUGCUCAUUUUGAUUUUGUAUUUUGAUAUUUAGCGUUUAAUUUAAAAAUGAGUAGUAUUUGGUUUCGGCUACAGAGAUGAGUUGAUAUUUGAGAUUCGGUGUAAUGGAGUCCCUGUGCUGUGAUUAAUUUUUAUUGGGAAUAUUGUAAUGUGGACUUUAUUGAGACUGUUUGUACAGGCCCCUUCACUGAGCUGCAGCCCAGCGGCAAGUUUAGCGCCUGCAGUGUGAGACUACAUUGUGCUCUGAACCAACUGACUCCCAGAUGAACCGGCUUUCCCGGCCUGAAGCUAACUUUUAUACACUUGCCAUUUAUACGAAAGACCUCCGGCAACAAGGGAUGCGUAGAGCUGUCCCACUGAUAUUUAAUGUGAAAGUUGAUGGCUUGAGGAGGUUUUUUUUGUAUUAUGUCUGUGUAUGCAUUUGACUGGCCCAGGUUUUUUAAUGCAGUGAAAGGACCUUUCUGAUCUGCUGGCUUUACAGGGGCUGCGAUGAGCCCGUUCCGGGCUUUUUCCAUCUAAAGCAAGAAAAAAUAUUCUUUAUUUUACCAAAAAUGUUUAUGGGCCAAUCAAAACCAUACCUAUUAUAUCAAAUAAAAAAAAAACAGAAUGUGAGCAAACUCUUUAAUAUGGAAAAUCCCCCCAAAAAUGUUAACCAUAGCAGUAGUGCAGUAAUGUAAUAUCUCCACCGGGGGGUGCAGUUGCUCAACUUAGCCUCAUGAUUAAUGCUGCUGGACUUGCUGAUUCUGUUGCCAUGGUGUUAGAUUUUUGACACUUGUUGUAGCAUGGAGGGUCUUGGGUUCCUCAGUUAUUCAGCUUGUUUUCUCUAUCGUUGCCAUCUCGCUGUGCUGUGGGUCCUCCUUCACAAGACGAGCCAGGAGCACAUAUUAUUUCACACAGUUUGAUUUAUUUUCAUUUGUUAUCCCCUGGUUUACUUUGGAGACACUGAGUUCUGCAACUGAGAAAUUAUGAAGACUUGCAUGUAUCCAUGUAUGUGCGUGUGUAUAUAUACACGCCCAUAUACAUGCGUGCAUGUGUCCAUGUAUGUGCGUGUAUAUAUAUACACGCCCAUAUACAUGCGUGCAUGUAUCCAUGUAUGUGCGUGUGUAUAUAUACACCCAUAUACAUGCGUGCAUGUAUCCACCCACAACUGUGCAUUGCUUUCCAGUUAAUGUCAAUGGAAGAAACCCGCAAUUUAUAUUCACACAACUGUACCACAGUUUAGAUUUGUAACCUGAUUCUGAUUGGCUGAUGACUGCACAUAUGUGGUCACAUUGAAUCGGAUAGACAGUGUUGGGAGAAGUGGGGGAUAAGAGUCUGACCUAAAGGAGCUGAAAUGUCUCCCUGUGAGCAGUGGUCUAUCUGGGCUAUCGAGAGCCACGCCUGCCCGGUAUGCAUGGCAGGCGUUAAAACUGUCUCUUCUGGCGAGUGAAAUGCCAGGCUUUAUUCCCUCUCCUCAGCAGGCCAUGCUAAACUGAAUUAUUGUCAUUCUGGUAGUAAUGGUUCAUUUUGAUAGUAUUUGUGAAGAUUUCUGGUGGUAUUUUUAUUUUUAUUUUUUUCCAUCCUUUUUUGGGAAAGUGAUGUGUACUAAUGGACUUGCUGUGAGAAGUGUGUAUAUUUUUCCACAAUCUUUUCACUUUACUCCCAAAUUCAGACUUUUUGGAGUUCUUAAAAAGAGACGCACUGAUGGGAAAAGAAAGCGAGCGCAGGUAGAUGCCAUUUUAGCCUCUGUGGGUACUCUGCAUGGAGCGCGCAGCAGUAAAUAAAAUAAGCUAGGAGUUUCCUCCGCUUUGAGAUGCACACAGACACACACACACACACCCACACCGGUUUUAAAGUCCACUUCAGAGUUGUGCGAAUAGGCCGGAUGAGGCUGCCAAACUAGGAUCCGCUCAAGCCAAACAUCCCCCCCCCCACCCCCCUCCGGGAAGCCCAGGUAGAGGACGAGCUUGUCCCCCUCUCCCCGCCCUGAAUCUGGGCCCGCCUGAACCACCCAAUCACGCGGGCCUCUGCAGAGACGCAGCGCCUAGCUACUGGUCCGUGACUGCAUUUUGUACGGAGGAGCAGUCGCACUGCUGAUCUUUAAGAAGGAAAAUGUCCACGGACGAGCAGACCACAAUUCCCCCCUGUCAGAAGCAGGGGAGAUUCCAUUUUGAAAUGUAAAGCGUAUUAAUGUUAUUUUUUCUUUUAUUUUCAGUUAAUCAUUCCUGUUUAUUUGCACUCAUUUGAAAUGCUGAUGAUUUAUUAUUUUGUUUGAGGAACGUUGAGACGGGAUUGGUCAGGAGGACGGCACGUUCAAGUCUUUCUCUCGUCUGGUCUGUGCUGUGGUCUCACUGGCAGGACGCCUGUAAUGUGAAUUUAUUUUAAAUACCAUGUCCUGUCAUUCCAUUUGCUUUUGAUGUUUCAGGAGUACUCCUGUUUACACCGCCAUUUUGUUCACUCAUCCUGGGUUAACUUUACAUCAUUUUUGGAGUGGCAAUGCCUCGCUAGUAGCUUACUUAGAACUAUGAUUAUAACAUGGUCAUUUAGUGCCAUCACUGCUUCUUUGCUUGGUAAGUUUAUUUCCUUAGAAGUGCCAAUUACGCUGUCCGUUUACCACACCAUCAGCAAUUCUAAUAUGACCUGUUGAUUUUGGACAAGGGUGAAGUGAAAAUAUACAGAAAUGAGCGCAUAUCCUGAUACUGUGAAAAGUAUGCUUAUUUCCCCCCUCUGGUGUUCUAAUUUUGCUCAGUUAAUGUAAGAAUUUAAAUUUACUAAAAUAAACUUUGACUAAAUGAA